CACUGUACUGUAAAUCAAAUACACGUACGAGUUGACAAUAUUUUUCAAGCGUCUCGGUGAGGAACUUUAUUUUCACCCGUGCGCUUUUGGUCUGCUGGAGAAGUUGGAAGUUGGAGAAGUUUUGGUUCCCUCCAAGAUGUCCUUAAAGAAGGAAACACCCUCUGACCAGCAGCUUCAUUUAGCUGCUUUACAAGGGAAUAUAGAACAACUAAAGCGUGUUCUGGACAGUGGAAAAGUACAUGUGGAUUGCAAAGAUAAGGAAGGAACAACUCCAUUGAUUUUGUCUGCAGCGAACAACCAUCUUGAGUGUGUGAAAGAACUCUUGAAGCAAGGUGCAGAUCCAUCAGCUCGAAGACUGACAGGUACUUGUGCCCUGUUCUUUGCCGCUCAAGGAGGAUUUUUGGACAUUGUCCGUGUUUUGUUGGACAGUGGAGCUUCUCUGGAUUUGGCAAGCUAUGAUGGAGGGACCCCCUUGUUUGUAGCCUGUCAGUGUAAUCACCUGGAUGUCGUGGAGGAGUUACUCAGCCGGGGGGCAGAUCUUCAUGCACAAAUGAUUGAUGGUGCCACACCUCUGUUCAUCACUGCACAAAACGGUCACCUUCAUCUGUUGAAAUACCUCAUCAGUCGUGGGGCUGAUGUCAAUGUCAAAAGACAGGAUCAAGCCACACCUUUGUGGAUAGCUUCACAAAUGGGACAUACUUCUGUCGUCAAAGAACUUCUGUCAUCUGGUGCUGAUGUAGAUGCCAUAAGAGAGGAUGGAGCCACGCCCCUCUUUAAAGCCUGUCACAAAGGCCAUUUAGAUGUUGCGGAACAGCUUCUGAAACACAAACCUAACUUGGGACUAUUGCAGAAUGGCGAGACCCCACUCCAUGCUGCUGCCUUGUUUGGACACAUGAAAGUGAUGAAGCUCCUCAUGUCCUAUGGUGUAGACACAAGGCUCAAAAACAAGGAGGGAAAAACUGCAGGAGAACUUGCUCAAGAUGCUGGAUAUGACUACAUUGCCAAAUUUAUCAACAGUUACCAAACCAGUCAAGACAGAAAAAGCCCCACUACUCCUCCUUAAUGUUCCAGCUGAUUAAGGAACUUGAUUAUAAACCCCACCGGCUUCCAGCUAAGCAAGCUUUCUGUUUGUCUGUGAUUCUACCAAGGUCCCAUAUUUACCAUCAAGUGUUUCAUAAUUACGCAAAUUUAGAUAUUUUUUUUGUAGGUUAUGAACUACUUAUAUGUACAUGUAGGCCAUUUUCUUUGUGUACAUGAAUUUUAUGCAGAUGAUUUAUUUUUACGCAUUCUCAAACUUUUUUGUUGAAAAAGGGGAGAGAGAGGGUUGUAUAUAGAAACCAUCAUCAUGGUUAAUGUCAUUUUUUGUUGACAGAAGUUAUAUAUGAAUAUAACCUUGGAUUUUUUUCCUGAUGAAAAGUUUUUCAGACAUUGUGAUUCCUGCAUAAGUAUGGUUUAAAGUGUCAAUGCCUGACUCCUCUAUGUGUAAACAUGUAGUUUAAAGUGUCAAUGCUUGCACUUUGAUUUUUUCUGAAUGAUCUUGCCCUUGUUUUCAAGGCUUUAAAAUUGUUUUUGGAAAUGUUUGUUUAUGUGGUGCAGGCCACCGUGUCAAUGGCGUUGGUUCAUCCUGUGAAUGAUUGUAUUUAUGUGUUUAUAUAUUUUGAAGCCAAAAGUAUUGUGACCACUUAAUGUUAUAAAACUGGCUCUUUCUGACAUAUUACCAUUACUUGCAGCACAUCUUGCAAAUCAAUUCAACUGAAAGUAUCAACAACAAACAAGUUUUAAGUACUGGUAUUUAGAAAGGGGAAGAAAAUCUGCAUUUGUAUUUUGUUGGGGGUUUCAAAGGGAUGGAUUUUAAAGUCAAAGAUGAUUCAACAUUCAAUGCAGCACUGCAAAUUGUGAUACAUACAAGAUCUGCUUUCUUUUAAAGUAUACAUGUAUAUAUAUUUAAAUAUUUAUUUAUAUUGAUGUCUUUAUGUAAUACUCUUAACUGAUACCUUUGAUAAUCAUAAUUUGAAUACUUUAUGCACUUCCAGUGCGACAUGAGCUAGGGAAUUGUAGUGCAAUUUUAUAUUUCUAUGCUAGUCAUUACCAGCAUGCACAGAUCUUGUGCAACAGCAGUGUACUGAAGAAGAAAAAAUGGUAGAAAUAGUCCUUGUAAUAUAUACAUGUAUAUUGAAAUACCUCAACAUUGAUAGUAGUUUCUGAGACAAUAGGAAUUGAUUAGUUGGAUGUAAUUGUGUGCGUUUGUAAUGCAGAGAAAUAAUUGAAAUUGGUGCAUAAUAUUUAUGGGUGGUAUUUUCAUUUUUAAUGUCAGUUUUUGUAAAUAUCAUCCUCCAAGUCUUUCCAUGAAAUGAAGGCUGCCUUAAAUGUUGUGCUGGUGCUUCUUUGGCCUUUUGUAGAUAUUGAAAUUGUUGAUGCUUUUUAUAGACUCGUAAAAUUAGAGAUGUUUAUUUGGACUAAUUAGGUACUAUGCUUGAAUAGUUGACAAUCAAAAAACCGAGCACAAUGGUGAAACUGGUUUUGUUUUUCUUCUUUUACAAUUUGUAUAACCAGUGUGAAUACAAAUAUCAAAAUACAAAGUACUUGUUUUAAAUUCACUUCAAGAUAUUUGAUAGAUUUAAUUUCAUUGGUUGUGAGCUAGUUUACAUAGACAUGGAUAGAUAUACAUAUUUCAAGUAACAUGGUUAUUAAUUAAUGAUGCAACAUGCAAUGACUCUGAAUACUAGAAAUGUAAUGAAUAUCGAUAUAUAUAUUUUUUUGGCGGAGCACUGUACAUCAAUGAAUUGACACAACAUAUAUUUUGGGGUUUUUGUACAGUUUCAUGGUCUCAAGACAGUUGAGAAUGGUGCAGAUAUGAAUCCUUGCAAUUCAUGUAUAGUAGAUUCCCACAAAAUCCAAUUAUUUUUUACACCACCCCUAUGUAAAGCACAAUUUCUCAAUGUUAAACAAGUUUAUGCAAUUUAGCUUUUUAGAGUCAACUUCAAAAGGAAGGUUGUGUUAAAGACUACAAUAUUGAAUGCAUGCACUUUCAAACAGAAAUUAUAUUUUUUGUUUUGUUCAACAUUUAAUUACUGUAAUUGCAAUUUUCAUUUCUCUGAAUAAUCAAACAUUUAUAGUGGCCUGAUACUGGUGUCAUUUAUCUCCAGAUUAUUUAUUUCUGAAUAUACUUUUGAGAUCAUCUUUUUCUAGAGGUUAGAAGUACUUGAUGUAAACAAACUCAAAUUACCUGGUUUCAAUAUUCUAGCUUGAGGAUGUGAAAUCUAAAUGCUUUAGUUUGCAGGCUGCAUCAUUUGUUCAGUGACUAUAGUGAAUAGUUCAGAAAUUUUUUUUUAGAUAUGCAUGUAGUAUUGUAUAUAUUAGUAUAAAACGCAUUCAUACUUGUUAUUUAAUUCUGUGAUUAAAAAAGAGUUUCUGUGAACAGUAUUAGCUUUUAUUAAUACUGCAUUUUUUAUUAAAACUACAUGCAUAUUUUUGCUACCUACAUGUAUUUGUGUUUAAUAACGAAAAAUAACUGUGCAAUAAAAUCAAAGCAUUCAGAAUGACAAAACCGUAUGAAACCAGUGGAUAUGGAAUCAGCAAUGGUGGUGACUGAUUAUUUAUUUUCUGAGCUUAAUACAUCAGCCGAUUUUUGUUUAAGAAAAAAUACCAAAACAAUAAAAUGGACCAAUGGUAUAGAAAACCAGGUACUUUUAUUAACAUAACAUGCGUCUGUUAACAACUUUUUGGGGUGCCAUUGGUUGAAUAUUGUUUGAUUAUGAAUGAUGCACUCUAUAGUCAUGAUUAUUUAUACUAUAAAAAUAAUGCCUCAGAACUUUUUAUUUACAUGUAAGUCAUUGUAAUAAUAAAUCUUUUUAUCUUGUUUUCUGCUAGUUAAUAAUCACAGUAGUUUUGUUUGAGAGUUGUCGCCCAUUUAUGAAUUGAUAUUAACUCAUGUAGUCCAAGUCAUAUGUACUCAUGUGUUGUGAAAAAAUCAAAGCAACUGGAUCAUCUACUUAAUUAUUUGGACAGUUUUUGUUACAUAAUUGUAUUAUUGUUAUAAUCAAUAUAAUUUUAAUUAUAUAGCAAAUAAACCUUAUGCAUUGGCAA